UCGCGACAAUGGUUAUUUUCUACAAAUCAUAAAGAUAUUGGUACUUUAUACUUUAUUUUUGGAGCUUGAGCUGGUAUAGUCGGAACUUCUUUAAGAAUUUUAAUUCGAGCUGAAUUAGGCCACCCCGGAGCAUUUAUUGGAGAUGAUCAAAUUUAUAAUGUUAUUGUAACUGCUCAUGCUUUUAUCAUAAUUUUUUUUAUAGUUAUACCUAUUAUAAUUGGAGGAUUUGGAAAUUGAUUAGUUCCUUUAAUAUUAGGAGCCCCUGAUAUAGCUUUCCCUCGAAUAAAUAAUAUAAGAUUCUGAAUAUUACCUCCUUCUUUAACUUUAUUGGUUUCAAGAAGUAUAGUAGAAAAUGGAGCAGGAACAGGUUGAACUGUUUACCCUCCUCUAUCUUCUGGGAUUGCUCAUGCUGGAGCUUCUGUAGAUUUAGCAAUUUUUUCCUUACAUUUAGCAGGAAUUUCUUCUAUUUUAGGAGCAGUAAAUUUUAUCACUACAGUUAUUAAUAUACGAUCCCCAGGGAUUACUUUAGAUCGAAUGCCUUUAUUUGUUUGAUCCGUAGUAAUUACUGCAAUUUUAUUGCUUUUAUCUUUACCCGUUUUAGCUGGAGCUAUUACUAUGCUUUUAACUGAUCGAAAUUUAAAUACUUCUUUUUUUGACCCAGCUGGAGGAGGAGAUCCAAUUUUAUACCAACAUUUAUUUUGAUUUUUUGGACAUCCUGAAGUUUAUAUUUUAAUUUUACCAGGAUUUGGAAUAAUUUCUCAUAUUAUUACUCAAGAAAGAGGGAAAAAGGAAACUUUUGGAAACUUAGGAAUAAUUUAUGCAAUAUUAGCUAUUGGAUUAUUAGGAUUUAUUGUUUGAGCUCAUCAUAUAUUUACAGUUGGAAUAGACGUAGAUACCCGAGCUUAUUUUACUUCAGCUACAAUAAUUAUUGCUGUACCAACAGGAAUUAAAAUUUUUAGAUGAUUAGCUACUUUACAUGGAACUCAACUUACUUAUAGCCCUGCUAUACUAUGAGCCUUUGGAUUUGUUUUUUUAUUCACAGUUGGAGGAUUAACAGGAGUUGUAUUAGCUAAUUCAUCUAUUGAUAUUGUAUUACAUGAUACUUAUUACGUAGUAGCUCAUUUUCAUUAUGUUUUAUCAAUAGGGGCAGUAUUUGCUAUUAUAGCAGGAUUUGUUCACUGAUACCCCUUAUUAACAGGGUUAACAAUAAACCCAAGCUGAUUAAAAAUUCAAUUUUCAAUAAUAUUUAUUGGAGUAAAUUUAACAUUUUUUCCUCAACAUUUUUUAGGAUUAGCUGGGAUACCCCGACGAUAUUCAGAUUUUCCUGAUAGUUAUUUAGCUUGAAAUAUUGUUUCUUCUUUAGGAAGAACUAUUUCUAUGUUCGCUAUUAUUUAUUUCUUAUUCAUUAUUUGAGAAAGAAUAAUUACUCAGCGAACACCUUCUUUCCCAAUACAAUUAUCUUCAUCUAUUGAAUGAUACCAUACUCUUCCACCAGCUGAGCAUACUUACGCAGAAUUACCAUUAUUAACUAAUAAUU